AUGAACAUCAAGCUCUCAUCACUAAAGAGCGCAUGAUGAAUGAUGAACUUCAAGAUGCUCGCAAAGAAGCUAUAGGAGCUUUGCAGGGCUUGUCCACUCACCACCUCAGAAAGUUCCAAAUCAAAAGAAUGGGACAGAUUGAUACAAAACCAUUUGAAGCUUUGUUCUCAAAUAAGUGCUCUAGUGAAGACUGGAACGCAGAAGCUAUAAAACUAUGUUCACUGUGGGAAGAAAAUGUGCGAAGUGCAAACUGGCAUCCUUUUAAGAGAGUUGAAAACCGUGGAAGAUUGAUUGAAAUUAUAGAUGACAAUGAUGAAAAGCUGAAAGAGCUAAGGAGUGAAUAUGGGGAAGAUGUCUUCAAGGCCGUAGCAAAUGCACUGAUGGAAUUGAACGAGUACAAUCCCAGUGGAAGAUAUCCAGUUUCUGAAUUGUGGGACUGUCAGAAAGGAAGAAAAGCUAGCUUGAAGGAGAUCAUUGAGUACAUUUCGAACAAACUGAAGACACUACAACCCAAAAGGAAGAGAUCGUGACUUUUCCAUGAUCCACCGUCCCGUUCCAAGCAGUAAUCUCCUUUAGUUUACUAAUCCUAUAACGUCCAUCGUUUAUGUUCCCAUAACGUCCAGCAUCAUAGUUUACGUGCCAAAGAUCAUGACAGUUAAA